CUGAUUGAGCAGAAGACCUGGGUUCAGUCCAUGCUGCUUCCACCAGCACCAAACUGGGCAGACAGUGGAAAAGCCAGGACUGCUGUAGAUCCUGCUGUGGUGAACUACCCUAGGAAGCCUUUUUUUGUAACCAGGGAGUAGCUUCAGACUUCUGCACUAGAAUGGGGGUUUGGCUAGUCUAGUGCAUUCAUCGGAAUCUUAUGUCUGUCUUCCUUUGCAAACAUUGGCAGCAUUAAUGAUAAUUCUGUAUUCAGAUGCAACUGCUGUGAGUUCCGUUCUCUCUUUCUCUCUCUCUGUCUCUCGUGCUCAUUGUGCGUCACUCCUUGUGGGGAGUCACGUGGGGAUGGAGUGGUUGCUUGGUCUUCACUUCCCUGUAAUACAUUAAUUUACCAAGCUUAUGGGACGAUAUCUGCCAGCGGCCCGAGCCCCAUGGCCGUUAUCUAUACCGUUUCAAACAGCGAGAGUGAGGGGGUACACGCGAGAUAUUUUUUUCAAGUUUUUUUCAAGAGGAAAACAUAUUGAUUGAGUUAAUCUCGGUAUGAGGAUUACAAACUGAUUGGUAUUUCUUUCCGAUAAGAAGUACUAUUUUUGACAUGAAGUUAAAUGAGCAACGGGGAGAUUCGCCUUCGUAAAAUAAUUCAUUAAACAAACUGUUUCAACGACGUGAAAACAUCAUUUUUCCAUGUUCCACCGUUGACCGGGUAGUUUCUGGCUUCAAUAACUUAAAGUUUUGAAUGUAAAGAAGAAAAAAAAGGAUUCCUCCCGUGUUGUUCUUUGCUUACUGGUUUCCCAAGUUUGCGACCAAUGGUUCUUCUCGGUGGCGCGCGGUUCUGACAUGGAGCGUGAUGACAACCGAGGCUUGGUGGCUUGGAUGAGUAAGCUUAGUCACAUCGGCACGCGAUUGUAACAUCAUGGAAAUACAAACAUGUCCUUGAGCAAUGUCAAUGAGAGGAAUAUGGGCAGUCUUGUAAUUCCUCGCGCGUAAUGGCCAAGUAAGAAGAAGGAAGACGCAGCCUCUUACACAGGGGUGUGUCCAGCUGCAGUGAUGAUAGCCACAGGUGGUGUGAUCACGGGGCUGGCAGCCUUAAAGAGACAGGAUUCCACCCGGUCCCAGUACCACCUCCAGGCCCCGCCCCCUGGCCCUGACGCCGCCCAACAGAGGAAGAGGAAGCGUCGGUCUGAUGUGGUGGUGGUCCGAGGCAAGGUCCGCCUCUACUCUGCCUCCGGGUUCUUUCUGGUUCUGGGGGUUCUGAUUCUGAUGGUAGGCGUGGCUAUGGCGGUGCUUGGCUACUGGCCACACAAACACCCAUUCCUGGAUGGACCCGCCCCUGGCCACACCCCAGAGCUUAAAAUGACGUCCAAUGGGUCAUCUGUGACCUCUGAUGAGCCUGUGGUGACUUCUGACCCCCGUGGAAUUCUAGCUAGGUUUCUGGAGCGCUACUUGCACUCAGAGAGGAUGAGGAUGAUGGGGCCCUUCACCAUGGGCAUCGGAAUCUUCAUCUUCAUCUGUGCCAAUGCCAUCCUGCACGAGAACCGAGACAGGGAGACCAAGGUGAUCCACAUGAGGGACAUGUACUCCACCGUCAUCGACAUCCACAGUCUGCGCCUGCAGGAGCAAAAGCAGAUGAACGGAGCCUACGGGGGCCCCCAGUACACAGGGCCCCUCUACUCUGGCCCCUACGCCUCCUACUCGGACCAGGAGCUCCGGGAGGAGAAGCAGAGCGCCUCCCGCCUGGCCGCCAACACCCUGCUCACCUUCUCAGGCCAGGGGGGCGAGGGCCGGGGGCCAGUGAGGGGUCCGGGGCGCUGCAGGGGGGGGUCCCUGAGAGCCAGCUCCACAGAGGAAGAGGAAGGGUUGCUAGGUGAGGCCAAGGGGGGCUUGCUGUCGCCCCUGUACAGGGAUAGGUCUGGGUCGGUGUUUGGGUUCCAAUCAGAGCAUGGGGCAGGGCGGCAGUGGGAGGAGAGGGGCGGCGCUUUGAAGCGCUGCCAGACACGGUCCAUCGUCUCCUCGUCGAUCAGUGCGUUCACACUGCCAGUCAUCAAGCUCAACAACUGCGUCAUCGACGAGCCGGAAAUGGACAGCAUCACGGAGGACGGCGAGGUGGCGGGGGAGAGGUCACGACCUUCAGUGAUGAUGUCGUCACUGGCGGUUCCGGUUCCGGUCGUGGCAAAGGCCCACAAACCCCCCGGCCUGGCUCUGCUCAGGAGUAACUCCGCCUCCGAGUAUCAUAGCUCCUCCUCCUCACGCAGCUCACUGUCGCCAGGCUCCGCCUCCGGCCACUACCUCUCUCCAGGCGCUGCUCGGAAAGACUUUGGCUCGAACAACUCCCUGCACAUGCUCAGUGCUCACUCCAAGUCCCUGGACCUGGAGCGGGGCGCGGUGUCCCUGAGCGUGGCGUCGGAGCAGAGGAAACAUCCCAGCUGGCCCCGGCUGGACCGCUCCAGCAGCAAGGGCUACAUGAGGCUGGAGGACCGGGAGGAACCAGGGGACCGGCUGCUGGCGCCCCCUGUGGCUGUGCAGAGGGACUACACCAAGAAGGAGAAGCUGCUGAUGAUCUCACGCUCACACAACAACCUGAGCUUCGAACAUGACGACCUGCGGGGCAGCCAGCUGAAGAGGGGAAGCUCAGAGACCCGGUUCUGACCCGCUGGAGUUCUAGAACAUGGAACACGAGAACCCCAGACAUUCGAAAGGGGACCACAGUCAUGACUCAAUGUCUAAUAUGGAACACUAAAAUGUAACCUUAUACAAAAGAUAGUUACAACCUGGAUCUUAUAUUUACAUGGAUCAUUCUAACAGAACAUAGAAACCAUACCUUGCAAUGGAACUCUGUGAUGGAAUGUUGGAGCGUGAGGUUCUAGAAUGGCCCAAGUUGGUAGGCUGCAGGUAUCAAUAGGUUCUCUAUGUCCAAUAUGUUUGUCAGAUGGACACUCAGGUAGACUCACAAGUUUGAUGGGAGACAAGCCACAGAGGUCUUAAAGGUGUGUGUGUGUGUGUGUGUGUGUGUAUACCUGCGUGUGUGCAAGUGUGUGCAAGCAUUUGUGCAUCUGUGUGUGUGUAUAGAGAAAUGUGUGGGGGAGCUGAUGUGAAUUCACUAGCCCAUGUUGACAGUAGUUUCAGGAGCAGGUGAGGUGGGGCUCACAGCCCCUGGUGUCGUAUCAGUGUAUUUACCUGUCCUGUUGUUUUGUUCCAGGAUCGUGCAACAGGUAGUUGUUUGUUUUCAAUGCUCAGUGUACACUUUCGAAAGUUAGCUAGAUGUUUUGUUGCUUCAAAAAUAUUUAUUGUUCUCCAAACACACUGUUAUGUUUGGAAAGGCAAGAAAGGAGUCUAAAUGUACAUCUAAAUCGUUUCUCAGAAUAAAACCCAUUUUUUCAGUCAA